AUGAAAUUUGAAUUCUCAUUACCAUCUACUCUUCAAUAUGGUGAUUGUAUAGAAGUCAAUGGGAAAGUUGGUAAAGAGAAAUUUUCAAUGGAUUUAAUAUCUGAUUAUCUAGCCAUUGAUCCAGGUAGUUUUAAUGAUCAAAAUAGAACAGAUGAAUCAGAAUUACCGAUAGUUGAAACUCAACCAUUACAGAUAUCAAUUGAAACUACAGGCAGUUGGGAUAUUAAUGCAAAUUCACCAGAGACAAGUACCACAUCACACGGGAGUUCAGCUAAACGAUUCGGUUUUCGAGUUGAUGAGGAUUUUGUUUGUAGAGUUGUUAUUAAAACAGAGUAUUAUGUGGUUUAUUUGAAUGAUAUGAUGUUAUCCAACUCUGAACAUUUAGUCCCUGUUGGCUCGAUAAAUGGUUUCACAAUUGACGGUGAUUCAAUCAUUACAACUAUACUAUUCGGUGAUUUAAGCGCUAUACAAAAGUACAAUUCAAAACAUAACACAAAACUAAUUCAUUUAAAUACACCAAAAAUUAUUGAAUGUCGUCUAACAUCCGAUGAAGUAUUAGCUACUGUAUUACACAAUGACAAUGAUGAAUAUUCAAAGAUGGAUGAAGAUGGUAACAAGCAUGAAGGUGAUGGUGGUAAGACUGACGAUGACGUGGAGAACUCCAAUAAAAUCAAUAGUGGCGAUGAAGUUGACUUCAAUAACUGUCAGGAAAUUCACUACACUAAGAAAUCAACACUAUUAGAACAGAAUAUUCAACAAGACCAAAAGAAUCAACAGAAAUAUACAGAAGAUAUAAAGUCAAAAACAACGAAUCAACACAACUGGACGUUUGCGAAAACUAACAACAUUCAACAUUUACAAGAUUCAAAUCAUCUGACUAGAGCUUCUUCAUACCAAUUAGUAUUUGAUACAGAUAGUGAUACUAAUGAAGAAGAAAAUGGCGGAAUCGAUGAAGAGAACGGGAUAUCGUCUUCUUUGAAGACAGAUAUCAACUUAAGCCUAUUCAAACAGAUAAGGGCUAAAAGUAUUCAGAAUCUUUUCACUCAGCAUGAAAAUUUAGAGAAUUUGCUUAGAAUUAUUCAAAAACACGAACAAAUUAAUGUCAGUGGUAGUUGUAACGCUGAUACACUAGAUCAAUGUUCAAUGGUUUCAAUAUCAAACAAAUCAUUACCAGAAUAUAGGGAUUCCGCGGAAAUGAUGAAUAGCUCGGGCCAGUUAUCCAGAAAUUACUCUUCAUCACAACAGUUAGAACUAGUCAGAGAAGAGUAUGAACUAAAUGAUAAUAUUGAUGGAAAUAACGGUAGAAUUGACAAAACUCAUAAGAAUAUUAAUUUCAAAGAACAAGAGGCAACAGAACUACACGUUCUUAACGAAAGUAACUCGAAACGAACGUUACAUCCUGUAGAACUCUUGUCUAAUCUCGUAAAGUCAAUAACCGAGUUAACCGAGGAGAAAUCAGAAAUAAGUGAAAACACCGGAAUUGCAUGUGAGAAACAAAUUUUAAAUAUCGAUUGUUUAAAUAACCCACCACCAGAAGAAGAAAGCGCCUCUCCUAAAUCAACAACAUUUAAACAAGUAGAUAGCGCGAUAAUUGAAUCAAAGAUACCUGUACUUCGAAAUGGUCUAUCUAAUACAUUAAAUGAUAAUUCCAAAGACUUUAGAAGCAAGCCUUUCAAAUCAGCUUGUAAAGGUAGAUUCCAAUCGCGUGAAACUCAUUCUUAUCCAGAUUAUUGUAUGCCUUCAAAGUAUACAAAUACAACAAAUAAACAAUCAGUAAUCGAUUCUAGAAUUCCGAAACCACGUUCAAUUUCCAGUGGUGUUGUACAUCAACAAAAUAAACAACUAGUGAACGGUAAGGUCAAUUGUCGUCCUACAUCAAAUUCAAAACCUUCCACUCCUCUCACCUCUCCUAGACACAUAUCAAACAAAACUUCAGUUAAUUCAAUAGUAAAAUCAAAGAUUAAAAAUGGUUUAGGAGAAAACGCUGUCUAUAAAAAUGGAAAUGAUGAAAACCACUCAGUAGUGAAUAAAAAAUCCUCUAGAAAUUCACCUAAAGAUACUACACCAGUUAACGGAUAUAAAUGUGGCAGAGAGAUUAACAAAAGAAGAUCUUUUGAACAGUCUCCAAUCAAAUCUGGAUCAUUGUCCCCAUCAUCUUGUUCAUCGUUGUCAUCAUCAAUGAUUUCAUCACCUUCGCCAACAAAACCAUCAAUAACCUCUGACAGAUUUGAAAGUGAUAAGGCAAAACCAAGAGAAGGACAAACAGCGCCAACAAACUCAACAACAACAAGUCCUUCACUGACAAAUGGACAUUCUAAACCAUUAGAAAACCCGAUAUCAAAUGACAAUCUACAAAAAGUGAUCUUAAAUCAAACGAAAGUAAAUCAACAGUGUAAUUUAAUUAGCCAAUGGAAUGUUACCUCCACUACUAAGUUAAAAGAAAGAGAUCCAAUUACCCUAUCAAAUGGAUUACAUAAUCACCAUAGCAUACCGCUUUCACACCAACCAUUAUGUGAAAAUAAGCAUAUUUUAAACAAUGUAAAUAAUAUCACAUCCAAUAAUCAUAACAGCAAAACAGACAUAUUAAAGAGCGAUGUAAAACAAGACAAAGAAUUGACAAAUGAGCAGUCAGUAUUCAAUGUUCAAUCUAAUAAUUAUACAGAUUGUUUAAAUGAUACUAAAAAGCAAUCGAAUGAAAAUGGCGGUGGGAAGUCCAACCUAACGCCGGAAGUGGAUGGAAUUAAAAAAGAUACAAUGAACUGUUAUGCAAAAAUUACACAGAAUGGUUUUACAAAUGGUAACAAUACUGAUAAUAGUGUCAGUAACCAUGGUGACAUUCAGUUAAAUUUGAAAGAAAAUGAUUAUUUAAAUUCGCUGCCAGAUAACAAAUUACUCUCAACAUCGAUAUCAUUAUCGCCGUCAGCAUCAUCCCAGUCAGCCACAUCCUUAUCAAUGACUAGUCCAUUAGAUACGCUAACCACCUCCAUGACGUCGAUAACAACCGACUCGAUAAAAAAUGGUUUCCAACAUGAAAAGAUGAAAAAUUCUACAAAGUUUAUACAAUCGCCAAAGAAAUGGUUAACGCAUCGUCAAAUAAUCAAUACAAAAGAACAAUGA